CUCAGCUUUUCAGCUCACCCGCCAAGAUGAGGUUCUCUUCAACUCUUCUCGCCGUGGCCGCGGCCUUGGUGGUGCCCGCCCUGGCCCUGGACCCCAAUAACUGCAACACAAGCGACAAAAAGCGCGAUGGCGCGGACUUCAUCCUGGUAGAGCAGGCCGACAACGCGAACGUGGCGUCACUGGCCAAGGUCCUCAAGAGGGUCAGCGUGGCCAGCGUCUUCAAGGACGGCAACCACAAGAUGACGACGGACAGCGCGGGCCGCAAGCUGUGGGAGAAAAAGUCGGGCUUCGACGACGAGGACACGGACAAGUGGGUGCCGCAGGGCAUCUCGUCGACGGCGGACGCGCUCGACGCCGGCACGUACGAGGGCGUGGACGGCUGGGUCGUGAGCUGGCACCGCAGCGACGACAAGAGCGCGCGCAUCACGUUCGUCAACCGGUCCAACGACACGUACAGGCACGCGCUGCUGGUGUACCCGCACGCGGCCGACAACUUCCGCGAGGUGCCGAUCCAUGCCGGAGGCAUCAUGUGGUAUGGCGACAAGCUGUGGAUCGUCGACACCAGCAACGGCAUCCGCGUUUUCGACCUGGCCAACAUCUGGCAGGUCGACACGGGAGACGCAGUGGGCAAGUCCGGGGACAAGUAUACAGCAGCAGGCUACCGAUACGUGGUCCCGCAGAUCAGAUGGUACAAGUGGUCGUCGUCCUUCCCCUUCCGCUUCUCGUACUUGUCGCUCGACAAGACGGUGUCGCCGCCGCAGGUCCUGGUGGGCGAGUACCAGACAAGCACUUCCGUGCCCAUUCGCAUGGCCAAGUUCGACCUGACCAACAGCACGACGAGCCGGCUCGAGGUGGACGGCAACAAGACGGCCAAGGCAGCGUGGGCCUACUGCGUGGGCAUCGAGCGCAUGCAGGGCGCCGUGUCGGCCAACGGCAAGAUCUUCAUCUCGCGCAGCAACGGCAAGAGCGCCGGCGACAUGUUCGGGUGGGUGCCGGGCAAGGCGGCACACAACAACGCCGGCUUUUUCCCGCCGAGCCCCGAGGACCUCAGCUAUGACAAGAGGAGAGGCGGGCGCAUCUACGGCUUGACGGAAUCCGCGGGAAAGCGGUACAUCCUUGACUACGAGGCGAAGGCGGUCAAGUUUUCGUGAAAAGUGGCUGCCAACUAGUGUACAGAGUGCAUAAAUCUGAGCGUCAUGUAACUGAUAAUACAAUGUUAGUUAUGUAACAAUAAUUAAACGUGGCAGACUGGCAACCACAAA